AUUCUCAUACUCAUACAAAAACAAAUAAAUACGGCUGAAGCCGGCUGAAUUUGUGACUCACUCUUUGGCGAAAAUAUACAAGCUUGGAUCAUAUCAAUUGAUUUCAAUCUAGCAAAGCAGAUUUAAAACCAUUUAGACACCCAAAAGCAGACUUGAUGGCCGAUCCACGCUUGCGACAAUUGACGAUCAAAACGGGCGUUGUAAAGCGUUUAACCAAGGAGAAGACAGUUUGUGAAAAGGAGGUGCUAACCGAGCAAAAUCGACUGGAAAGAUUCAAAAGUGAAGGUGCUGAUGAGCAUGUUUUGAAGAAGCAAGAAGAGGUGAUCUCGGAGUGUUUGAUGAUGCUGCCAGACACUCUGCGCAGAUUGAAAAAGGAAUUAGAAGCCCUGGAAAAUUUUCUGCAAGACGAGACAGAGCUCAAGGAAACAAAGGAAUACGAGACCGCAACGCAGGUGGUAAACGAUGCUAAAGAGGUGCUUGUGCAGAAAGAUUAGCAAUAAAGAAAACAAUUAAAAAAGUU